ACAAACAGUUAAAUCGAAUGAGUGUUCCAUUGAAUUUCAAUUGAAUUGAUUUAUAAAUUAUAAUCAUUGAUAAUAACAAUACAAAUCAACAAAAUUAAUAACAAAUUAUAUAACAAUAUAUUUAUAGUCAAUAAAUGUUAUGUUUUUGCAAUACAUUCAAACAUUUAUAAUCACAUGUAAUACACAAUCACUGAGUUAUGUCUAUAUUUUCCUCGACUUUUCAUUUAUAGGAUAAUAAAGUUUUAAUAUUUUGUUUGCAAUUAUUGUUAAAAUAAAUUAAUCGACAAAAAUGUUGUCAACAAAGUCAGGCUUCAGUUAUUACCGACUUUUACGGCGAUAUCUUGCGGUUAGAAGUGGUUGUAGACUAUCGUCGACCACUUUGGUGGACGAGUGGAAGUCAUUAGCGACCAAACAGAUGAAAGGCAAGAGUAGUGACCAAUUGAUUUGGGAGACCAAUGAAGGCAUCAAAGUUAGACCCGUUUAUUUGGGUCAAGACGUACAGCCGGACAUUAGUAAUGAACUUCCCGGUAAAUUCCCGUUCACUCGCGGGCCAUACCCGACAAUGUAUGCGCAGAAGCCGUGGACUAUCAGACAAUACGGCGGUUUCAGUACUGUUGAAGAAAGUAAUAAGUUUUAUAAGGAAAACAUCAAAGCCGGACAACAGGGACUAUCGGUUGCAUUUGAUUUGGCCACUCAUCGGGGAUAUGAUAGCGACGACAUACGAGUUCAGGGAGACGUUGGUAUGGCUGGUGUGGCCAUUGAUUCUAUUGAAGAUAUGAAAGGUCUCUUUGAUGGCAUUGAUUUAAGUAAAAUAUCAGUUUCAAUGACAAUGAAUGGAGCAGUCAUUCCAGUGAUGGCCUUCUUUAUAGUAGCCGCUGAAGAAUCUGGAGUACCACAGAAAUUGUUGUCGGGAACCAUUCAAAAUGACAUUCUUAAGGAAUUUAUGGUUCGAAAUACAUACAUAUAUCCACCAAAUUAUUCAAUGAGAAUAAUUGGCGAUAUAUUUUCAUAUGUAUCUAAAAAUAUGCCUAAAUUUAAUUCAAUUUCAAUAUCUGGUUAUCAUAUGCAAGAAGCCGGCGCUACAGCUGUUCUAGAGUUAGCCUUCACUAUAGCUGAUGGUCUUGAAUAUUGUCGCACAGGUAUUAAAGCCGGUCUAACUAUCGAUGAGUUUGCGCCACGUCUGUCAUUCUUUUGGGGAAUUGGUAUGAAUUUCUAUAUGGAAAUCGCAAAGAUGAGAGCCGCUCGUAGAUUGUGGUCUCAUCUCAUUAAAGAACAAUUCAAUCCGAAAGACAUGAAGUCAUGUAUGUUAAGAACUCACUGCCAGACAUCUGGUUGGUCACAGACAGAACAGGAUCCGUACAACAAUAUUGUGAGAACUACUGUUGAAGCAAUGGCUGCUGUGUUUGGAGGCACACAAUCUCUUCAUACUAAUUCAUUUGAUGAAGCUUUAGCUCUUCCAUCGAGAUUUAGUGCUAGAAUUGCCAGAAAUACCCAAAUUAUACUUCAAGAGGAAACUGGUAUUCCAAGAGUAAUUGAUCCCUGGGGUGGCUCUUAUAUGAUGGAAUCACUCACUGAUAACGUAUAUAAUGAAGCUUUAAAACUCAUUAAUGAAGUCGAAGCCAUGGGAGGUAUGGCUAAGGCUGUUGCUGAAGGUAUGCCUAAAAUGAAGAUCGAAGAGUGUGCGGCUCAAAAACAGGCAGCUAUUGAUUCGUGUAAAGAAGUUAUUGUUGGAGUCAACAAAUAUCGACUCGAAAAGGAAGAUCCAGUGGAAGUGCUAGUCGUUGAUAAUAAAGUGGUUCGUGAAAAACAAAUCUCUAAAAUACUUGCUAUUAAAGCAAGUCGUGAUAACAAUAGAGUUGAGCAGAAUCUACAAGAAUUGACUAAAGCUGCCGAAACAGAUGGAAACGUUUUGGCCAAAGCUAUAGAGUGUGCCAAAUCUCGGGCCACUUUAGGAGAGAUUUCACUCGCUAUGGAAAAAGUUUUUGGCAGAUAUGUGGCCGCAGACCGACUUGUGAGCGGCGCUUACUUUUCAGCUUACAGUGAAAUUGAAGAAUUGAAAGCAAUUCAGAAAAAAAUAAAAGAAUUUGAAGAUUUCGAAGGAAGACGUCCACGAAUUUUAGUGGCAAAGAUGGGUCAGGACGGACACGAUAGGGGCGCUAAAGUUAUUGCCACCGGAUUUGCUGACGUGGGUUAUGAUGUCGAUUUAGGACCACUUUUCCAGACUCCAGAGGAAGUGGCACAACAAGCAAUUGAUGCCGACGUUCAUUGUGUUGGUGUCAGCAGUCAAGCAGCAGGUCAUCGAACUCUUGUACCACUACUGGCCAAUGCUCUCAAAAGUCACGGACGACCUGAUAUCAAAAUAGUGGUCGGAGGAGUCAUACCACCACAAGAUUACACAUUUUUGUAUGAGAUGGGCGCCGCUGCCAUAUUUGGACCGGGGACACGAAUACCUGUUGCAGCACUUCAUGUGCUCGAUAUUAUACAUAAGGAUUUAAAUGAAAGACAAAGUCACAAGAAUUGAUCCGAUUAUUCAAUACAUUGAUUGCAUUUACCAAUAAUUACAGUACUGUUAUAUACUGUAUAUUUUCUAAAUCUAAUAACCGGUACUAUUAUACUAUUUUGUUGUGAUAAUUAUGAUAUAAAUAAGAU